GACUGAGCAGUUACUCAGCAGCACAGCAACACACCCGGUUGUUGUGGUAUUUAACGAGGUCUCACUGUUGUGGACUUGUGAUAUCGAGGCCAUUUUAAUCAUUUAAAGGCUAUGUCAACUGGUGAUCAUACCAACGUUAAAACUGUCUUCUACCUCGUUCUCUUAUGUAUGGUUUUUGGAGUGGCUGUCAUGUCUUACAGAGGAUUGGGGAGACCAAAUUAUGUCACUUCUCUUAGUUCUGGCACUGAUUUGGUCCAGGUGGCAAUAAACCCUCUGUCAAUAGCAAAUGUCAAUACCACUGCUUCUUGUAGGAGGCCCCCUAAACAUUUUCCGACUCCAGUAGCAUUUCUCCAUAAGUUGCAGCCUACACUUAAACCAUCCUGUGAUAAAUUAUUCAAUGGACAACAUUCAGAGAGACAACGUGUCAGAAAUGCUCAAAAACAUUUCCAGUUACCAUCAGAUGCUGAAAUACUCCAGGCCUACAGUAAAGGAAAUUGUAGCUUCGUACAAAAUGACUUUGACAACAACUUUUAUAUUUCUCCAGAUGAAAUAGACUUCCCCAUUGCUUACGAGAUGCUAAUAUAUUAUCAGAAAAAUCGUUUCCUACAAGCACUCAAUUUAUUGAAAUUCAUUUAUAGACCUCACAACGUUUACUGUAUACAUAUUGACAAGGGCUCUCCUCAAUGGUGGAUAAAUGGUGUUAAAGGUUUUACGAGCUGUCUUCCUAAUGUUUUUGUGGCUAAGAAACUUGUCAAGAUAUACUAUGGAAGUGUUAGUAUUCUGGAUGCACAUUUGAGUUGUCUCAGUGAACUACUGACAGUAACUACACCAUGGAAGUAUGUACUGACAUUACAUUCACCUGAAAUACCAUUGAUAACUAAUAGGGACAUUGUAAAGAAGUUGGUUGAACUAAAAGGUCAUAAUAUUGUCACUAAAGGUUUUAAUGCUUCUGAUCCUAAAAGUGGAUAUGCUUAUAAUUGGCUA